UUUCCAUCCUCGAUCCCUGGUCACAUUCUGCAAAAAGAAACCUACCAUCAAACACCAAUACCUCAUUGUUCCAAGAUCUAGUCUUUGAGUCACAUGCAACAACAACAUCAUCUAUUCCCUUAACUCUUCCUCACUACGAUAAUCCUCCUUACUUCUCUGUAAAUCCCCUGCCUUGACCAGAUCAUGCCCAUGCGAACGUCAUAAGCAUCCCAACAUCAUGGCCUCCCCUUCUACCAAUCCGGUCAACAUCAAACCAAAAAGCCCUGCUGCCUCAUCUGGAGCCACUUCACCAUUACCGGGCUCAUAUUCCCAUACCAGACAUGCCUCGAUCGCACGCCUGUCGUCCCCAGUACCCUCGAAUCGCCUUUCCAUUGGCACCCCUCCAGUCCAACAAGUUCCCACACCACAACAGCUAGCUGCUGACUCCAAUACCUCAAACCUUCCUAAACUUGAGCCUGGAACCUCUCUGCCAGGUCCUGGUCCCUCUGCUUUGUCUUCCGCCCUCGCAGGUGCUUCCAGUCAGACACCUCCUCGAACCACCAGCCCAGCCGCUUCCUCCACCCCAAGACACUCGAUUCUCAAUGCCACCCCCUCAGAUGCCCGUGACCGACAGCAUAAUUAUGGUUCAUUUGACCCAGUACGACAUGUGGCCGGUAGUCCUGCCCCAACUGAAGAUCCUGAGAUUAUCAAACGACAUCUUGUCCAACCUGAGCAGAACACCUCGAGAUUCGGCCGGUCUCUCCGCUUAGACCUAGACCGAGAUGGCCCGGGCCUGACCUCGGAUGAAUUCUCUAGUCUAAGAUUGCAGGGCGGCGAUGUCACACGGGCCGUCUAUCGAUGGGCAGAGGAUCAAGAAGCACACAACAAUGCGCGAACGCAAAGGAGCAAGAGCUUCAAUCUCAAUAGACCCGACCCUGAAGACGAGGUUAUGGACAUUCAAAGCAUUCGUGUUCCUGGUGGCUUUCGGCGCCAUUUUCUACGAAGAACAGGCGAAUCUCCUGCUCCCUCUGCAAAGAACACACUCCGCGGUGGUCCUUCUCAGAAUCCCGCUCUGCCGAGAUCAACUCCCGCCCGGCCAUUCACAAAUAAUUUUCUUGAAUUCCUAACGUUAUACGGCCAUUUUGCUGGUGAAGAUCUGGAGGAAGAUGACGAAGUUCUCGAGCCAGACGAGUAUUUCUCCUCUGACGCUUACGACGCCGACAGUGACCGCGAGCCAGGCGAGGACAGCGCCCUACUUACACCUGGAACACCCGGACUGCGACGGAGAAAGCACAAGGAGAGAGCUCCAACGGGAACAGGUGGUCGACUCAAUGCAGCAUUACUCCUCCUCAAAUCAUUUGUCGGAACGGGGGUUUUAUUCUUACCCCGUGCCUUUCUCAACGGUGGCAUGCUCUUCUCAUCCCUGGUCCUUCUCUUCGUCGCCGUCCUAAGCUUCCACUGCUUCAUCCUACUCACAAACACUCGAUUAAAAGUCGAGGCAUCCUUUGGUGAAAUUGGUGGCAUCUUGUAUGGCAAAUGGAUGAGAGCAGCGAUUCUGUUCUCGAUUGUCAUCAGUCAAAUUGGAUUCGUGUCAGCGUACACCGUUUUCACAUCUGAGAACUUGCAAGCUUUUGUCCUUGCAGUUUCGAAAUGCAAGACCUUUAUCGACAUCAAGUUUAUGGUGUUGAUGCAGCUAAUCAUUUUCCUUCCACUGAGCUUGAUUCGAGAUAUCAGCAAACUCGGUUUCACCGCUCUGAUUGCAGAUGCUUUCAUCCUAUUGGGACUAAUCUACCUGUACUAUUUUGACAUCUUCACGAUUGUCGACUAUGGCGGAGUAGCCGACAUUACACUCUUCAACCCGUCCACGUGGACAUUGUUCAUUGGCACCGCCAUCUUCACCUUUGAGGGCGUGGGCCUGAUCAUUCCUAUCCAAGAAACCAUGAGAGAACCGAACAAAUUCCCAUCGGUCCUGGGUAUUGUGAUGAUCAUCAUCACUGUGAUUUUCACAUCAGCUGGUGCGUUGUCGUACGCGGCAUUCGGGUCGCAGACCAAGACGGUCAUUCUGCUCAACAUGCCUCAAGACGACAAGAUGGUCAACGCGGUGCAGUUUCUCUAUUCGCUGGCCAUCCUUCUCAGCACGCCGCUCCAAUUAUUCCCCGCGAUUCGAAUCAUGGAGAACGAACUAUUCAGCCGUUCUGGGAAAUACAACCCUUAUAUCAAGUGGCAGAAGAACGUGUUCCGCUUCUUCCUUGUCGUGGUCUGCGCCUUGAUCGCAUGGGGUGGUGCCGGUGACCUCGACAAGUUUGUGGCUUUGGUGGGAAGCUUUGCCUGUAUCCCGCUGGUCUACAUCUACCCUCCUAUGUUGCAUCUCAAAGCUGUGGCCCGCACCCACUGGCAGCGAACUCUGGAUUACGUCGUUGCCAUCUUUGGUCUGGUGGCUUGUGUGUACACCACUGUUCUGACCGUCCAGCAAUGGGUUGAAGGCAGUGCGGCAAAGGCUCCGGGAUAUUGUGACUCGUGACCUGACUUGAAGAGAAAUGGGAACCAUCAAUUGGCAGGAACGAGUGCGUAGGAGAUUUUAUUGUACAUGGACCGCGUCGUCAAUAGAACGACAGUCUAGUCUAGAUCUCGUAUAUCUGUGAGAUUCAUAGCGUGUAGGAUAACAUUGGC